AUGCCCUUCAUUGAAGAUGUGUCAAGAGCUUUGACAAUUCAGUCUUCAUUGCCGCACGCUGGGGUUAAUGACCGGACGUCAUCACACACUACGCCCCCUGUAGAAGACACAAGAUCCACGGCAGUGGUCUGCUCUUGUACCCACGACAGCAAUGGCAACAUCGUGCACGCAUGCACCGCUGCUUCCUAUGUCCCUCAGGCUACGGUGGCGCCUCAACAGGACAUCACAUUCCAGGAUCAGGACUUGUUGCAGAUGGGAGGACAAUUCGAUAGGAACGAAGCUCAAAGUGGUCGAUGGUGA